UUAUACCACCGGGUGCAUUAAGAAGGGCAAGGGGACAUGGACAUCAAUCAAGAUCAUUUUUACCUAUGACAUCCACCCAAAGUCAAACUGCAUCAAUUGCACGUUGUUCGUUAGAGCCACAUAAUGACAUCUCUCUUUUUCAAGAUGUUGAUCAUAGGGAAGAAGAUGGUGGAGUACAAGAACAAAUACCUGAACAAGUGCAUGAAGAUUUUGAUACUGCAGAAUGUAAUACAACAAGGCAACAUCAAAGUAAUAAUAAUCCAGCUCAGGAAGAAACACAAGAAGGUAUUUCCAAUAUACAAAAGAAGAGAAAAACAAGAGGAAUGAACAAGGGUAAAAAGAUUGCAGCACUUAAGGAUGGAGAAAAACUGGAUGUGGUUUUUUAUAUUAAUCGAGUUGUUGGAGAAAAUCAUGCAGAAUGGUCAAGACAUUUGGGCAAGAUAGUGCGUGACCCAAACAUUUGUCCAAUAAGAGUGCACUCAUGGAAGCAAAUUGGAGAAGAUGCAAAAGAUCAUAUGUGGGAUUCAGUCAAGGAGAAAUUUAAAAAUGUUGACAUUGAGCUAUAUCGAGGAAAGACUUUAGAGCAUAUGAAUCAUUUGUGGAAUAAUUGGAGAGGGGAUUUGAAACGCCACAAUAUAAAGCCUUGUGGUUCUUUUCCAGAGUUGUUGAAAAAUGUUCCUCAAGGGAUGCAUCAAGAAGAUUGGGAGUGGUUAGUUAAGAACCAUUUUUGCACCCAAAAAUUUAAGGAAACAAGUGUUCGAAGCUCUGAAAAUAGGAAAAAUUUAACUAUGCUUCAUCGUACUGGUAGCAAACCUUACAAACAAAUUAUCUAUGAUUUAGUAAUGUUAGUGAAAUUUUUUCAUGCUUUUGCAUUUUAG